AUGCAGUAUUCUCAUUUAUCUGGCUAUUUAUCUGCUAUCAUCAACCUCAUAAAGGCUUAUUCCCGACUGGCUAGGGUGCAUGCUGACUGUCUUUCACAACUUCGGGACUCCCAGCUGCCCGAAAGUCCUAAAUCCAGCGCCUCUAACGACUCCACUAAUGACUGGGCUAUAGAAUCUGCCUACGGACCUGACUGUAAGAUGCCCUUUAAACCUUAUAUAAGGUUGCAGACUGGCUCCAAAACCCUUCAAGAGGAACUAAGUCUUGGAGAGGAGGUAGGCAAUCGAUUUGAUAAUAAUGGUUUUUAUGUGAGGAUUACAUGUUUUGUUGUUGCCUGCUCACUAAUUCUUGGCUCGUGUUCAGCAAUAACUUCUUUGGUAUUUAAGAGAAGCUAG